AUGAGCGGCAACAGCGGCCCUCCUGGCUCGAUCUCCUUCUACCGGUCCAACAUCAACAUCUUCCUUGGAGACGUGCGACACGCAGGCAAUGGCAGCAAUGCCAGACUUAACUUGGGAGACGCAAUCAACGCCGUUGUUGCUGCCGCCAACGCUGCCGCCAACGCUGCCGGCAACGUAAGCCUUAUCUUGGGAGACGCGACCAACGCCGGGGUUGCUGCCGGCAACGUCAGGAUCAUCUCGGGAGAAGCGACCAACGCCGGAGUUGCUGCCGGCGAUGCCGUGACCACCGGUACCGACCCCGACCAGAGCACCACCUGGUUCCGAACCAAGCACUGGGUGCCCGAGCACCUCUUCGAGCCCUUCGAGGGUUCCGCACGCGACAUUCCUGGAUUCCACAGGAUCAAACACGGCCGAUUCGUCAGGGAUGGCGUGACGGGCAACACUCUGGUCGUCUGGGCUGUGGCCCGCCGUGAUGCCCCCUACGUCCUUUCCCGCGCCAUGGGCCUUACUGGCUACCAGGCGGUCCAGAUCUCGCGGGCUCUGUACGACGUCAUCCUCGAGGAGGCGCACCGCAUUCGCGCCCAGAGGGCCAACGAGGCGCGGGACGCUUCGGAAGACGCACGCUACCAUUUGGGCAUCGACGAGGACGAGGACUGCACGUACGACGAGGCGAACCUCGCCGAAUGA